AUGUCAAACAGUGUCACGUCGUCGAAUAGCGAUUCAUCUCGGCAGGAUAGCAGCUACUCGUCCCACAGGAGAUCAAGGGGUCCCACCAAAGCUGAUCAAUACUUCUUCGUAGAGCUUUCGAAGGCCAUAGGACCCGCGAAAUGCAGAGAUGUCUUGGAUGUACACGAAGGGUGGGACUGCAGCAAUGAGAUGGAAUCACCCUCGUCUUAUCAGUCGUCUGUUCCCCCGCAUAUCACACUGGAGAACUUGACAGACUCUUCGCUUGCGUUCGGUCCUGAAGACUGCAUCUGGCUCAAAAUCCUCGACUUCUGCAUGCUGAUAUUCAACUCAAUCAUGGGCUGGUUUAGAUUCCUGGGCAGGCAGCUUGUUUGGAAGCGCGUCUCGAGUGAACCAUCCAAGAACGAGGCAGUACAAAUGCCGAAGAACCCGCACAUCGCGCGUCGGAGGACAUCGUCGAUCUACGGGCGCCUCCUGCAGAGUAUUGGAAGCGAGAACUAUGGGCUCUUGUACACCGAUGCCGCGCACCUGGUGAUGAAGGAGUCAUAG